UCGUAAACAACACGAACAGGAAGAAAAAACUCUUUAAUUUAAUUUAAUAUGAUAGUUUCCACCACACACGUAACCUUUUCGUCUGCUUAAGUAGCUGUGACUUGUAUUAGAGUAUAUCAGAGAGAAUAAUUAACUCACGGUUAAUGAAGAAAUGACGCUUUAGCUGCCAAAUACUGAGAAAUACUAACAACAAUGAUGCGUUUGUAACGUAUUGAUCCUUCGGUUUACCUUCAUGAUGGAUCGAUACAACGAGGUGAAGCUUCUGCUGAAGAACUGGGAACAAGGGUUUGUCAAACAGCACCAGAAGAAACCGAACAAGGAGGACAUUGAUGAGGCUCCAGAGGAAACCAGGAAGCUGUAUAAAGAAUACAGAAGUUUGAAACAAGCCAAAGAAAACGGCGGCAGUGAUGCAGCCAGCGGACAUGUUGAGCAGUCGAGACCUACAGCCGAGGUCAACACACCCCAGAAGGAGUCCGACUGUUGGGGGUCUCAUCUGAACCGCAGUUCUCAGCCUGUGUCUUCUCCCAAACUGACACCGCAGGACAGAGACAGUCUCAAGGCCUCUGCCCAAUACUAUGGCCUAAAGCUUAAAAACAACAUGGGGACACUCACUAAGGACAGACCUGUCUCACUGAAGAAACCGCUCCUUCCUGGUCGGGUGCCUCUAAACUCCUUAAAAGAUGGACAGACAAACAGUCCCGUUGCUGCCACUGCCAAGACCACUUCCACUGACCCCGAAUCAAACCCUUUCUCACCGAGAAGAGUAAAGACUUGCCUGGGGUCCCUGUCUUCACCAAAACUCAAUGCAGUGGAGCCUGAAGAUCAGUUUGAACCAUUUGAACCUGUCAGAGAGUCUCAUGAAGAACCUGCAAAUUCUAGUAGCUCGAGUAAAAUUAUUAGAUCACAGAAGCCAAAUGCCUUUAGCGUGGCUCCCUCUCCAGCCAGAUCUUCUGCCCUGAUGUCGUCAAUACUUUCUCCAGGUAGAGUAGGACCUUUGAGAGGAGAUGUCGGAAAGUUAAAUGAAAGUGUGGGAGCUUCAGGAGGCAAAAAAGAAAAUGUUGAAACUUUAGGAACUCCACAUAAGGGUAUUGGUGCUGGAGCUUUGAUUGGGUUGAGAGGAAGCCCGCAGUGUGUUGGAGGCGUCAGAGGAGGAAUGACAGGAAGACCCUCUCCUGCCAGCAGGCUGAGUUUUGUUGAUGAGAAGUGGCUGGAGAGGUGUCAGGUGUUUGGAGAGAUGGGGACGGAGGUGAAGCCUGCAGCCGGCAACCAGCAGAUAGAUCUGGAGAAAAGAGCUGAGAAAGAAAAGGAAGGAAAAAUACAAGGAGAUGAAAAAGUUCGAAAACAAGAAGUGGAUGGAGAGGGAGAAAAAAGAGAGGCAGACUCGGGAAGAGAUGAAGAGCUUAAGAGCGUUAGUAGUGACAAAAUAGACAGCAGUAGCGCAGCGAAACCUGUUCUACAACACACUGGGAAAAAAAGUACAGGAGGGGAAGAAAAAAUAAAAAAGAAGAAAGGUGACGAGAUGGAAAGACGACUGACGCCGCCUCCAACGCCGGAAGACGAGAGCGAAACCGGUCAGAAAUCCAAAGGUACAAAGAAGAAAGGGAGGAAAAGGCAGAGAGAGGGAGAGGACGUGGAGGGAGAGACGACAGAGGAGGGAGGAGUGAAGAAGAGGCGUAAGAAUGCAAAAAAGAAAGAGGAGAGCUCUGAUGUAAACCCCAGCCCAGCUCAAGAAGGAGGGAAGAAAAGGAGAGCCAAGAAAAAAGGAGAGGAAGAUGAAGAGGCUGAAAAAGAGACAGAAACUAAGGCACCAAAAAAGGUUCCUCAGGAGAACUUGUUAGGAGAAAUAGAGGAGGAAUUUGGAGCCAGGAGAAAGUAUUACUCUCAGCCGGUCAGACCCAGGAACGUGAAAGGCCCUGAGGGUAACUUUGUGAAGAUAAAUCUGAAGAAGAAAUCUCAUGUGAAAGGAUACGCACUCAGAGGGGCUGGUCUACGCAAACAGUUGUACAUGCAGAAGUUCCAGCUGAAAGGCGAGCGUUUCGGUGGAGGUGGUGGAUAUUUUGGCAGAGGAAGGGGCGGUGGAUUCAGAGGUGGAUUCAGAGGAGGGUUCAAUCGACAGGGUGACACCUGCUACAAGUGCGGAGGGACCGGACACUGGGCCCUCGAGUGCAAGGGACCAGCACCUCCUCCUCCUCCCGUUGCUGAGGACCCGCCCGCUGAAGAGGAGCCGUUUGAGCUGCCCACGCUGGAGGAGGUUGCCAGGGCGACAGGGACACUGCGACCUCAGCCGCUGGUGGCGUCUCCCAGUAUUAAUGAGGAGCAGCCGCACCAGGAAAAGGAGGUGGACAGUAACCAUAAAGACGAAGUGUUGCUGAAUGUGAUUCGUCCCGACUACGAGCGUCCUGCUCCUCCUCCACCAAUGCAACCACUUUAUGAUCUCAAAGAUGGUGGGAAAGUCCAAGAAACACCUGCCGAGGUGUAUGCAGCUCUAAAGGACCUUGGCUAUCAGUCAUUUAGACCAGGACAAGAGGAAGCCAUCAUGAGGAUCCUGUCAGGUCUCUCUACCCUCGUAGUGUUGUCAACAGGGAUGGGUAAAUCAUUGUGCUAUCAGCUCCCUGCCUACCUGUAUGCUCAGCGAUCAAAAUCCAUCACUUUGGUCAUUUCACCUCUAGUCUCACUAAUGGAUGACCAGCUGUCUGGCCUGCCAGCCAAUCUGAAGGCAGCCUGUAUCCACUCCAACAUGACGAUGAAACAGAGAGAAGCUGCGGUAGAAAAGGUGAAGUCAGGCCAGGUGUGUGUGUUGCUCCUCUCUCCAGAAGCUCUAGUCGGUGGAGGCGGUUCAGGUUCAGGGUGUCUGCCCUCGGCUCAGGAGCUCCCGCCUGUGGCCUUCGCCUGUAUAGACGAAGCUCAUUGUGUCUCAGAGUGGUCACACAACUUUAGACCCUGUUACCUAAGACUCUGUAAGGUACUAAGGGAGCGUCUGGGAGUGCAGUGCCUGCUGGGACUCACGGCUACAGCCACGCUGUCCACUGCUCUGGACAUCGCACGACAUCUUGACAUCACUGAUCAGGACGGCAUCGCAGUCCGAUCUGCAGCAGUGCCUUCUAAUCUGUUUCUGUCUGUGUCCAUGGAUAGAGAAAAGGAUCAGGGCCUUUCAGUAUCUUUCCUGAAAGGGGGAUCGUUUCUUGGUUUGUGUGACUCCGUCAUUGUGUACUGCACAGGAAGAGGAGACAGUUCGUUGUGGCGGCGCUACUCCAGGACCUGCCUGAGUGGAGUGCUGGUGAAAGAAAACAACACAGCCAACAGCCAGUACAGGCACAAAAUACCUGUAGGGCAGAGAAAGAACGAGCUGGGUAAGAGAAGGAAGAUUCGUAAACCUCUGGAAAUUGGCAGGCGGAGUCUGUACCACGCUGGCUUGUCGGCAUCAGAGCGCCGUCGCGUUCAGAACAACUUCAUGUGUGGGGAACUUAGAAUCGUAGUGGCCACUGUGGCGUUUGGCAUGGGCCUCGAUAAGUCUGACGUCCGUGGUAUCAUCCACUACAACAUGCCAAAGAGCUUUGAGAGCUACGUUCAGGAGAUUGGGAGAGCAGGAAGAGAUGGAGAACCAGCACACUGUCACCUCUUUCUGGACCCUGAGGGUGGCGACCUCCACGAGCUCCGCCGUCAUAUCUAUGCGGACACAGUCGACUACUACACAGUAAAGAAACUGGUGCAGAAGGUUUUCCCUCCGUGCAAAUGUAAACAGAUACACCAGAAACAACAGGAACUUGUGAAGGACAUAGAAGAUUCAGAGCUGCUGGAAAUGAUGGAUGUGUGUGAUGAGGAGAGCAGCCUGAACCCUCCCACUCAUCAGGACGCAGUACAUACAGACACACCCGUACCGUCUACUGUACAGGAGACGUCACAUCCUGAUGCAGCAGAGGUACCUGUCCGAGAGGACAGAGAUGAAGAGAGGAAAAGAAAGGAGGAGAAAGCAGAGAAGCAGAACCAGACAGUGGAAAAGGAGGAAGCUGAUGGUUUGAUGAAGGACAAGGACGUGGAGGUGAAAGGAGCCGGUGAUUGGCUGAAGGACCACGAGGAGGAGAGCAGCGAUUGGCCCAGAGAGCGAGUGUGUCACACGCAUGAGAGAGCGAUUCCCAUCCAAGAAACUGUCGAGGCUCUGGACAUCACAGAGGAAGGUGUAGAAACGCUGCUCUGCUACCUGGAGCUGCAUCCCCAGCGCUUUGUUGAACUUCUCCACCCAACGCUGUCUGUGUGUAAAAUCAGCUGCUACGACGGACCAAGACAGCUCCAGAAAAUCACUAAAAUCUGCCCUCCGGUUGCUGUAGUGUUGGCCAGAAGGCGGAUGGCGGGCGAGCGAGUGGAGACGUGUGAUCAGCUGGAGUUUGAUGUUGUCGAGGUGGCGGACACUAUGGGAUGGCAGCUUCCUGUUGUGAAGAGAGGACUGAGACAGCUGCAGUGGAGCACUAGUAGAGCCGGCGGUCGAAGCGGUAUCCAGGUUGAAUUGUCCUCCAUAUCCUUCUACUUCCGUUCCUUCGGCGACCUCAGCGACGAGGAGAUGGACAGAGUUUGUCAGUUCCUCCACAACCGAGUGCAGAACCAAGAGAGAACACAACUGUACCAGCUGACCGCCUGCUUCAAGGCCUUCAAAAGUGUUGCGUUCCGCAGUGCGUCGUCCUGUGUCGAUGAUUUGGACGAGAGCCGCAGUCUCCGGCUGAAAAGCCUUCUCUCUGAGUACUUCGACAAGAGGCGAGACCGAGGCUACGCGCUCGCACCAUUGGACGUCGAAGAGCUCGACAAAUAUAAGUUGGCAGACUGGGAGAAUCAGAUCAGAGCCGACAUCAGAAGUUUUCUUGGCAACCGAAGUGAUGAGAAAUUCUCUGGAAGAGCUGUUGCUAGGAUCUUGCACGGCAUCAGCAGUCCUUGUUAUCCUGCUCAGACCUACGGCAGAGACAGACGCUACUGGAGGAAAUACAUCCAGUUUGACUUCAACCAGCUCAUCAGACUGGCCACUCAGGAGAUCAUUCGCUUCAAGUGACCGAAUGUGCACCGUUCACUCACUCACUCACUCAAAUGCCUGACUA